AUGCUGACGGACAAGUUCCUUCGGCUGCAGUCAGUUUUCUUUCGGUUGCUGGGACUCGAAUUGCUGCAGCGCCAGGAUGUGAGUCAUCGAUAUCCCCGGCGAACCAUCUGCUGCAUCCUUUCGGUGGCCAGUUUCCUGCCCCUGACCAUAGCCUUUGGCAUUCGGAACAUCCAAGACGUGGAGCAACUGACGGACUCACUUUGCUCCGUUCUCGUCGAUUUGCUGGCCCUCUGCAAGAUUGGGAUUUUCCUUUGGCGGUACAAGGACUUUAGGUCUUUAGUUCACCGAUUUCACAUCAUCCUGCAGAGGGAAAUCCAGUGGUCAGUGGGUCAGCUUAUCAUAUCAAAAAAGAAUCGACGGGAUCAGUUUGUCAGUGCUUUGUAUAGCAACUGUUUUGUGGCGGCUGGUCUAUCGGCCUGUUUGAUGUCUCCUCUGUCCAUGUGGGUCAGCUACCAUCGAACCGGUCAACUGCAGCCGGAUUUACCCUUUCCCAGCGUAUAUCCCUGGGACAACACGCACAUCAUAAACUACUUAAUAUCCUAUAUGUGGAAUGUGUGCGCAGCUUUGGGCGUGGCUCUGCCUACAGUUUGCGUGGACACUUUGUUUUCUUCGCUAACCCAUAAUCUCAGUGCUCUCUUCAUGAUUUCCCAGCACAAAAUGUUAAAUUUCAAGGGAAGAAGUCCUCGAGAGACCCAUGAGAACCUGGUCCACGUAUUUCAAUUAUACGAUGAGUGCUUGGACCUGGGUCAUUCGUUAAAUGGUUACUUUAGGCCGCUUAUAUUUGCCCAGUUUGUGGCGGCCUCCUUGCACCUGUGUGUGUUGUGCUACCAACUAUCCGCCAAUCUUUUGCAGCUAGCAAUGCUUUUCUAUGCCGCUUUCACUGCAGCCAUUCUCGGGCAGGUAUCCAUCUACUGUUUCUGCGGAUCGAGCGUUAAUACUGAAUGCCAGCGUUUUGGCCAGGCCAUCUACGAAAGCCACUGGACAAGUCUUAUGGAGGAGAACUUCCAGCUUGUGAGGUCCUUGAAGAUUGCCAUGAUGCGGGCGAGAAGAGGAUGUCCCAUUGAUGGCUACUUCUUUGAGGCCAAUCGGCAAACACUGGUCAUGAUUGUGCGCAGUGCCAUCUCAUAUGUAACGCUCCUCAGAUCGCUGACCUAGCUGCCCAAAAGCUCAUUUCAUUAUUCAGAGAAAUGUUCUGGUCGGUUGUUUAAGUCCGGAAAUAUUUACAAUUAUGCUUUAAGCCGGUGUUGUUACAGCCAGUUUGCU